ACAGACACCCACUCUGCAUGCUGUAGCCUCUCAGACAGACACCCACUCUGCAUGCUGUAUCCUCUCAGACAGACACCUAAUCUGCAUGCUGCAUCCUCUCAAACACCCAUCCACUCUAAAUGCUGCAUCCUCUCAGGCACCCACUCUGCAUGCUGCAUCUUCUCAGACAGGCAUCUUCUCAGACAGCACCAUUCGGCAUGGUGCAUCCUUUCAAACAGACACCUACACCCUAUGUCGCAUCCUCUCAGACAGAUGCCCACUCUGCAUGCUGCCUCCUCUCAGACACCCACUCUGCAUUCUGCAUCCUCUCAGACACACACAUACUCUGCUUGCGGCAUCCUCUCAGACACACACCCACUCUGCUUGCGGCAUUCUCUCAGACACACACCCACUCUGCUUGCGGCAUCCUUUCAGACACACACCCACUCUGCUUGCGGCAUCCUCUCAGACAGACACCUACUCCGCAUGCUGCAUCCUCUCAGACAGACACCCACUCUGCUUGCAGCAUCCUCUUAGACACACACCCACUCUGCUUGCGGCAUCCUUUCAGACACACACCCACUCUGCUUGCGGCAUCCUCUCAGACAGACACCUACUCCGCAUGCUGCAUCCUCUCAGACAGACACCCACUCUGCAUGCUGCAUCCUCUCAGAAAGGCAUAUAG